UUAUUCCUUGCAUCCAUCAGGAGCUACCCAAUUUGCUUUGUAUUAAUUUACAACACACAUCCAGUAGGCUGCAAACUUAAUCAUACCUUGUUAUAAACAAUCAACCUUAAAGGUGUAGAUUUCAACAUGAAUAUCAAUUCAUUUCUUUGGGGAUUAUUAUCCUUCUUUUUCUUGUUCCCAAAACCCUCUUUUCAAGAAUCAUAUAACCUUUCACCAGUCCCAAACGCUAGGCUGCAAAAUGCCUUUAUAGCCCUCCAAGCAUGGAAACAUGCCAUCACAGAUGACCCUAAAGGCUUCACUUCAAACUGGAAUGGCCUUGUGGUUUGUAACUACACUGGAGUUUACUGUGCGCAGGCUCCGGACGACCCUUAUAUCAUCACUGUGGCCGGAAUUGACCUAAACCAUGCUGGCAUAUCUGGUUCAUUGCCUGAAGAAUUAGGCCUCCUUGCUGACCUUGCUCUCUUCCAUAUAAACUCAAACAAGUUCUGUGGAACACUUCCGGCUAGUUUUCGUUAUCUUCGCCUUCUCUAUGAGCUUGAUGUAAGCAAUAAUCUGUUUUCUGGUGAAUUCCCUUCUGUUGUUCUUUGCCUUUCUUCACUUAAAUUCCUCGAUAUUCGAUUCAAUAAGUUCAAGGGAAAGAUCCCUUCAGCACUUUUCGACUUGAAACUCGACGUCUUGUUCAUAAACAACAACAAUUUCCAAUCCACAUUCCCAAAAAAUUUUGGCAACUCGACCGUCUCAGUCUUUGUCCUGGCAAAUAACAAUCUGCAGGGGUGUUUGCCUUCAAGUAUAGGCAAAAUGGCCAAAACCCUGAACGAAAUUAUUCUCAUUAACACUGGAUUAACUGCUUGUUUACCAGAAGAAAUCGGAUUGUUGACAGGGGUGACAGUUUUUGAUGUUAGUUAUAAUAAUCUUGUUGGGACACUACCAAAAUCUAUGGGGAAUAUGAAGAGUAUUGAGCAGCUAAAUGUUGCACAUAACAAACUUUCGGGUGAAAUUCCAGACAGUAUUUGCUCCUUGCCGAGGUUGGAGAAUUUCACAUACUCAUAUAAUUACUUCUGUAGUGAAGCAAAUUCAUGUCUGAAUUUGAAAGAUAAAGAUGACAGGAAGAACUGUAUACCCCAUAGGCCUAAACAGCGCUCAGCAGAGGAAUGUAAGGCCUUUUAUACUCAUCCUGUGGGCUGUAGUGCUUUUGGUUGUUUACCACCACCUCCACCGCUGACUCGGCUGCCGCCACCACCACCCCGGUCAUCUCCUCCACCACCACAUCAUUAUUAUCACCAUCCAUGAUCAAGUCAUAAAUGCCUCUUUCUUCAUUUGUUUUAGUUUCUUGACUUCUCUUUGCUUUUUCUUUUCUUUAAUAUUCUGCUUAUUUCAUUGUCAUAACUCACAAGAAAGGGUAAAAUCAUAUAACAAAAACGAUAACACAAAUAUAAAACUGAUAACACUUUUACCUAAUUGUGGUGUAUAUCUCUGUAAUUUUUAUACAUUUAUGUAAUGUAUUUCAUUGUGUUGGCAAUAAUACUUUGGGCUCAAGGUUUUGUGUUA